AUGACAGUUGCGACAACGGUCACACAAAUGGCUAACACGACUUACACAGACGAUUUGUAUUACCUUCCAAAGGAAUUUUACAUUGAAGCUGUCGUUGGUGAGAAGAUUGAAUUUUCUUUGAGAUACUUUUCAUGCAACACAGCGAAAGGAAGUGGGCACACUCUUGACAGUCUGACGUAUCAAGUGGUGGACUUUCUUGAGAAUGAAACGGUCGAUGUUGAGAUGAGUGGAAGGAAUGGGAGUAGUGUCUAUGUCACAGUUGACUGUAUAAGAAGUGUAUUUUACCACAUCAACCCACUACUAAUUAACACGUUUAACACAAAAGAAUCGCCCAAAUUUGUGAGUGGAACAGACCACUUCCCAUGUCAAAUUGAAGUGAGUAAGAUCAGAAAGUUCAACAAAUUUCUAGAAGGCGAUUUUAGCAACCCUUCAAUUGAAAUUGAAUAUAAUGGAAAGAAAUAUUGCACAUCAUGGCUCGAGGUGAAGAGAUUGAACAAAUCACUUUAUGUCCCAAAGGGAUGGUAUCAAUCAUUUACAAUGGAUGUGACCACUGGAAGUGUUUUUGUUCUACGUGUCAAAUUCAGAAUUCGAAAAGGAGUUGAAGAAAGGCUAUGGGUAGAAAAGACGUAUUUCUGGCCACAAUUUAAAGAAGGACAGAAGUAUAUAGAAUGUAAGAGUGAUUUGGGACACGGGGAAAUAUUGACGAUGAAGUUCAGAAGGAUCAGAGAAAUAUCAAAUAAAUUUAAAGCGAACUAUAUUGACAAAAACAUAGAAAACGAUAUUAAAAAAGAUAAAAGUGUUGACACAAAACAAAAAAUCGUUGAAUUCCCAAUGGAAGGGUUUUCGCCAUUUUCCUCGACAAAGUGA